UGGCUUUUCCAUACUGAACAGCAGAUCAGACCCACUCGUACUUGUUUGGGGAUCCAUUGUGUUAUUCAACUAUUUUGUGAGUUUCGAAGUCUUGUUCAAAGCUAGAGUGGAAUAGUCUUGACGGGGACUUGAACGCUCAUCGACAAUGGGCCUCACGAUAUCGAGUGUGUUCACUCGCCUUUUUGGCAAAGCUAGUAUGCGAAUUCUAAUGGUCGGCCUGGAUGCUGCUGGAAAGACGACCAUUCUGUAUAAACUUAAACUUGGAGAAAUCGUGACUACUAUUCCAACUAUCGGAUUCAAUGUUGAGACCGUUGAAUACAAGAACAUCGGCUUCACCGUGUGGGAUGUUGGCGGUCAGGACAAGAUCAGACCUCUGUGGAGGCAUUAUUUCCAGAACACACAGGGCCUUAUUUUUGUAGUGGACAGCAAUGAUCGUGAGCGAAUUCAGGAGUCGAGAGAAGAGCUUCACAAAAUGCUUGAAGAAGAAGAGCUACGUGACAGCUUGUUGCUAGUGUUUGCUAACAAGCAGGACUUGCCUAAUGCUAUGAACCCAACGGAACUGCAGGAGAAACUUGGUCUCCAUGAACUGAGGAAUAGAAAGUGGUACAUCCAGUCGGCAUGUGCCACUCAAGGUCAAGGUCUCUACGAGGGACUUGACUGGCUGUCGAAUGAGCUUGCACAGUAGAGGGUAUUUUCUGACAUCUUCCAAUAUUUGUACAUAUAGUGUGGUUCCUUAUCGUUGUGAUUGGCUGGCCUCCAUUUUUUGUGUCUAGUAUCUGUUUCUACUCCUUGGCUAUGAAAUAAUAUUUAGCUGUUGAUAAAGACUAUGCGGAGAGGUACACCAUAGUUCUCCCUCACUUCUCUGUUUUAGUAGCCAUGUAAAACCGCGCCUACAAAUUUCAAGAAUCAUGGCAUGCAUCAACUUUUUUUCCUAAUUUUCACCACUUUGUUUAUAUCAUCCAUGUAAUUUAAAAAGUGAGAGCUUGCGCAAUUUCGUCUUUAAUUUGCUUACAGAUUUCUAUUCUGUGUCUUAUGCGUGAGCAUCGUGUGUGCAUGUUGUUUGCAGUCGCAUGAUAGAAUAUAGAAAGAGAGAGCAUUUUUAUGCGGUGUACUGA